CUGAGCGGAAGUCCAUUUUGAAGCCAUUCUGGACACCUUUGCUAUCUGUCUUGUUUCCAUCAUGGGGGAAUGGAGGUCAUCUUCACCUGCACCUCACUUGGAUCUAAACAACUUUGACUCUGCUGAGGCAGAAAAGAGCAGGUAUGUUUUAACCAGCCCCCGCUCCUUGGAGUCCUGUGCACGACUGGGCAUCAAACCAGUUGAGCUUCUCGUGAAAUCCCUGAAUGAUUUACUGUCCGAGCAGCGUGACGUGCCUUUGGAGAUGGUCAGAGUGAUGCAUGAAUCGUAUGAAAAGGAGAGAACCAAGUUAUUGCAAAUGUGCCGAGAUGAGCGGGAGAGGAUUAUCCAGCAGGCUGCCAGGUGGCCGAGCGCUAACAAAGUCUCAAGGCUGGGAAAGCAACAUGACAGCAAGUUGAAGGAUGAACCUGCUAUGGAUAUUCCAUAUGCAGUCCUAUGUUCUAAGGAGAAAUCAAUGAGAAAGACACCCUGCUCUGCUGCAGACAGGAGCACCAUCUGCAGCUUAGGAGAGCUCAGACACUCCCCUGCUAUUGAGGUGAAGCUGCAGAAGCUCACCGACGACAUCAGAAGGGAGAUGUGUGUCCCGAUAUCACAGAGAGACCGCAAGAUUGCUGCUCUCAUGCUGGUGAAGCACCAGGUGGAGGAGGACCGCCUCAGUAAUAUGCAGCAGGAGGAAGAGGAGCGAGGCGAGGCACGUAGACGAGAGGAGGCCCGGCGGGCACAGGCUGAGAAAAGGAGAAGAAAGAAACUGAUGCAAAGCAUGCAACGCUGGCAUGAGGAGCUGGAGGCCCGCAGGAGGCUGAGAUUGCGUCGGGAAGAUGAGAGAGUAGGACAACUCAAGCAGGAGGUGAUUCUGCAGGAGGAGCGCUGGAGGAGGCUGAAGGAGCAGGUGGAGGCUCAGCGGAGAGGGAAGACAGCAGCUGCACAAAAGGAGGCAGAGGGAAGGCGAUGCUACCAGGAGAGACUGCUGAGAAACUUAGAGGAGGUGGAGAAAAAGCAGCAAGAGAGGGAGAGACAGGUGGCAAUGAAGAGGGAGCAGAAAGCAAGCAGGAGUAAGCUCCAGCUUGAGAGGAAGGAGAAGAAGCGUCUGCAGGAAGAGAAUGGCAGGGAACUGCUGCACCACCUCCUUCUCAAACAGCAAGUGGAGAAACACGUGGAGGAAGGUGAGUCACGUUUGAGGGAAGCACUGGAAAGAAAGAUGCAGCAGUCUUGUGAGAAGCACGCCCGACACGUGGAGGCCCGAGUGGCAGAGCUGCAGGAGCGAGCGGCUCAGGAGGAGAAGCAGAUACAGAGAGCCCAACUCAGGGCCAAGCUGCAGAGCAUCCAGCAGCUCACACACAAGCACCUCCUGGUCAAGGUGAGUCAGCAACGCACCCUGAGGGCCACCGAGCACACAUUGGCCCACCACAGGAAGAGAGCCCAGCAGACACAUCAGCACAACAAACACAGGCAACUCCGCCACCAGAGGCUCAGAGAGAACGUGCAGAGGGAGGAGGAGGCGGCGAGGAGGGCCAGGGAGAGCAGCAUUGCCAUGAAGGAAUGGAGGCGUGAGAGGCUGCGCAGAGAGCGAGAACACAUCCAACAGGAGGCGCACAAGCAGGCGCUGGCAUCCUUUCACUUGCGGGAGAGAGUGAGACAGCAGACACAAAGGCGCUCUUUUGCGCACAUGGCUCAGGAAGCUCAGCUGGCUGCCUCCAUCAGCCGCUUGAACCUCUGAUAACACAUCAUUACAGUUUAUGGUCCAUCAAGAGAUGCUGAGACAGCAGCUCAACUUCAGUGACCUCUGACCUUACAAGUGUUCUUACGGAUCAAUGGACAAACUCUCUAUGAAUCAUUAACAUUACAGUAAAUUCAGUGUUCAAAGUUAACAGUGUGCCAUAGAACUUUUUUUUUUUUAAACGAGAGCAAGGGUAGCCAUUGUGCGUAUGGGGGGCUCCAUUUUUAUAAGGCAAAUGCACAAAGGAUGGCCAUUGCUGGCGUGAACCCCGAGGCAGGAGUGGGGGAAAAAAAGAGACAAGUAAAAUGCCACAAUGAUUGACAGCACGAAGCAGAAUAAGACAAUAAAAUGGCAGAAAUCACCCCCUCAUCCGUCAGUGCCUGGUGGUGUAAUGCUACAGCUGCUGCCUCCAAAAUAAAGUUAGUGUCCCAAUUUGGCCUUGGGGGCCUUGGACACAAGUACUUUGAAACUACAAUCUUGCCCCCUUGAGAUCUUUGAGAUCCAUCAGUCUGGACAAGGUUAUAAAGCACUCCAUCGAGCCACAGAGAGAGCCAUUAUCCACAAAUGGUGAAAACAUGGAACAGUGGUGAACCUUCUCAGGAGUGGCCAGCCAACCAAAAUUACCCAGACAGCACAGCAACGACUCAUCCAAGAGGUCACAAAAGACCCCACAACUACAUCCGAAGAACUGCAGGCCUCACUUGCCUCAGUUAAUACAUCUUUAUGGUGAAAAGUACAGUACAAUUAAAAAAGUGCAAAUAACAUGGGACGAAAUGUAUUUUUAAAUCUUUUAUAGACAGUUGCAGUCAGUUUAUGUAACUGAAUAAGACUUGGCAUUACUGUCCUCCCUCGCCACUUUGUGGUUUUUCAAAAAUAAAUGAUCGCUGUUUUGUAAAAAAUAUAAGUCAUGUAAUAUUCUGGUCACUAGGUGUCAGUAAUGUCACAUUGAUGAGACAUGAUCUUACAUUGCACUACCUUAACACUGCAUGGAGUCAGCCAUGGCAUGUCCAACAUGAAAACAGGUUCUCCUCCCAUUCCGUGUGGAAUUGGUAAGUUUUUGGCUUCUUACUUUGUCCUUUACCUCCCCCCAAUUCUGUUUGAAACCCUUUCUUAAGUUCGGAAUAACUAUAUUGGAGGCGAACUAUUUAGCUCUUGCUGUCCUAAAAGCAGUGGCCAUCUCGUGUCCCUGCGGU